CAAAGAGUUUCGCUGUGCAGAUUCACACAACAGCACUAUUCACACACAAUCUCAGCUCUGCUGCAGUCAUCACAGCAUCUGACAACAUGAGCUCAUAUCAAACACAUCACUUGACUGAAUUGAGAAUGAUUUCUUACUGUCCGGUUGUAUCUAAGAAAGGCAAAUAUAAAGAGUCUGUUGUUUUACUGCUUAUACCUCAAUUUGUAUGAUGGUGAAUAUCAAACAACUUAGAAAAGGAAAGCUGUGGUGUGUAAUGCUAAUAAGAAAAAUAGCAUUGGUCAAAUAAACUGGUAGUCCCACCCAAACAAAGCUGUCAUAUCAGGCCUUUCAGUGUUUUGACAAAGCAAUGUAUUGGAUUGACAUGGACAAUUAUUUAAAAAUCUAAUCGGGAUUACAAUUUUGGGUGAAGUAAUUACAUAAUCGUCAAAGUCACAAUUACAGCUGUCCAGUAAUAUGUUUGUACAUAGUAUACAGUGUAUUAGAAAGCAUGCUACACACUAACUUGUCUGUAAUGUCUUGAUGCUAUAUCCAUCAUUUUGUUGUUUGUAAUAAGGAAUUAACUGUUUUUAUCCAGUGUAUAAGAGAUACUGUAGUUAUUGUUUGUGGAAAGAUAAAUCCCUUGCUUUUAUCUGUCUUGGACCUCCUGCUGUAAGCAAUGAGAUUAACUGAAAAUGUGUGCCUCUGUCUUAUUAUGAGAUGAUCUAAUCCCCGAAAUCACAUAUUUCACAUUUCAGACAUGAUAGCAUGAUAUUAGCCUUAGGACAAAACAAUAUGUUGGCAAACUAGGGAUUAAGUUUAAUUCAAGAUUCAAGAUCUUGCCUUUUGAUGCUUUGAAUGAUGCUACAUUUAUUAUUUUAUGUAUUGUUGAUUUUCAGUCUUUUUGAAAAACCCAAAUCUGUCCUGAUUCACUCUAUUGUUUCUUAUCUCAGUGACCCACAAAAAGAGUUUUAGAACGGGGGAGUGGGUUUGAGAUCUAGGACAUGCUCUGAAAUUCCUUAAUCUUGCUCUUGUUGAUGUUUUAAGACUUUAAUACCAAGUACAGUGGUGCAUUAAGACAUGGGGAAUCAUGGGACUUCAUUUAAUGGGGGUGCAUGAGGCGCCUGCAAAAAAAGCGUGGCCGCGAUUUUAACAACUUAUUUUAAUGUCACUGUGCUGUCCCUAAACCUGUUUGGGACAAGGAGCAUGUGCCCCUGCUGCACAGACGCAGGUGGUACAUUUGACUUCAUGUGGCGCUCCACAGACCGAUCAGCGUAUGACAUCAAGUACAGUGAGAGCAGUUUAAAAACAAUACUCCUCUCCUUUGUCAUAUGCAGAUACAGCAGGAAUGUGUCCAAAAUAGCCCCCUAUAUCUUCUUCAUUCACUAUUCUCAUACAUUAGUUCACAUGUAGUCCACUUAAAUGAGUUAAUGAAAACGAGUGAGUGAAUUCUGACACUAAGCGUUGUAAGCAACAUUAGCAAUGGAUAGAAACUAAGGCUUCACACACACAGAUCGAUGCAGUGCUUUCAGUCUUUUUAAGCAUGAUGUGAUUUUGGUUGUGUGCCUGAGUAUUUCCAGUUAAACUUAAAGUUGUGAUUAUGGUAAUAGAGAUUUUAACAGUAUUUGUCAAGUGUGUUGUUAUGUACAAUAAACGUGUCCUGGAUGUUGUGUUUUUAGUGUGUAUGCUUUCCAGUGUUACAUAUUAUAGACUUAUGUGUGUAUGAUUUGAAAGCUUAGUUUAAUUUUGAGUACAGGUGAAAUGGUUUUGAAGGAAUUGUUUGAGUCAAGGGUUUUGUGAAUUUAGUUUGACAAUUUGGAUUUGUGUUUAAGGUUUUGAGAAAUUCUUGUUUUAGCAAUUCAGAAAAACUGUAAAACUAGUCAUGUCUGUUUCUAUGCAGUUUAACUGGAAAUACUCAGGUACACAACCAAAAUCACAUCAUUCCUUAGUUUCUAUUCAUUUUAUAUAGAUACAGAUCCAACAUAACCAUAUUAAUUCAUUACCCAUAAGGCAUUUUAAAUGUAUAGUAAUAACAGCAAUAUUAUUGGCAUUUGGUUUUGUGGGUGUGACUUCAUUAUAUGAUGGUUGGAUCUUGGUUGAUGUCUAGUGCUUCAGGCUUUUUAAUGGCCUGCCCUAUAUGUUGAUAGAGUUGUGUGGUUGAGGGUUGGUACUGAUUGUUGCCCAGGGGCAGCAGUGCCGCUCGAUGCAGUUGAAGGACACCGUGUCCCAUGCAGGGUCUGGUGCUAUAAAAGCCUGAACUCAUGCACAGGCCACUGGGUCUGGAGCGGUGAAUGAGGGAAUGAGGAGCUGGCUUCGUCAAGGCAAAAAAUUCACACUGUUUCAUCUGCCUCAAGGUGUUUCAGAGUGUACAGUAGCCCCAGUAGCUAUGGAGGACAGUGACCGUGAUGUUGACUCUGCGUCAGAUGAGCAGAACUCUGUCCCUGCGUCACCUGAACCCAGGGCGCAUACAGAAGAAAAGCACUUUCCUAAAGAAGACUCGGAAGAUUCAGAGCUGGAGAACAUUAUGGGACAUCACCCUCCCACAGAUGGGCACGCGUCCGGGCACCAUAAGGGUGAUGGUGAGGGUCAUAGCAGACCCCACACCCCGGGAACGCCCACUUUUCUGAGGCCUGUGGCGGCACCCAGGAGCCCGGGAGAGUUAGACCACGAGUCCAGAACCGUGGCUCAGCGCGGUCAUGUGGACUUUAAUCUGCCGUCUCCCAUCAGCCCCUCCAGGCCUAGAAGCCCUUGGGGUUGUUAUGAUCCAUAUGCUGCUGAGGACCAGGAUAAGGAGUAUGUGGGAUUUGCAACUUUACCAAAUCAAGUUCACCGGAAAUCUGUGAAAAAGGGCUUUGACUUCACUUUAAUGGUAGCAGGAGAGUCGGGUUUAGGAAAAUCCACCCUGGUCAACAGUCUCUUCCUCACAGAUCUAUAUAAAGACCGAAAACUGCUUAAUGCUGAGGAGAGGAUCACUCAGACGGUAGAGAUCACUAAACACACAGUGGACAUCGAGGAGAAGGGCGUCAAACUAAAGCUUACCAUCGUAGACACACCGGGAUUCGGAGAUGCAGUCAAUAACACUGAGUGCUGGAAGUCGGUUGCAGACUACAUAGACCAGCAGUUUGAGCAGUACUUCAGAGAUGAGAGCGGACUUAACCGAAAAAACAUUCAGGAUAACCGAGUACACUGCUGUCUGUACUUCAUUUCACCCUUCGGUCAUGGUUUAAGGCCUCUUGAUGUUGAGUUUAUGAGGGCUCUACAUGAGAAGGUGAAUAUUGUGCCUGUGCUAGCUAAAGCCGAUACGCUCACCCCUACUGAGGUCAAAAAGAAGAAAAUCAAGAUUCGAGAGGAGAUUGAGCAGUAUGGGAUCAAGAUCUACCAGUUUCCAGAUUGCGAUUCAGAUGAGGACGAGGAAUUCAAACAGCAAGAUCAAGAACUCAAGGACAGUAUUCCCUUUGCUGUGAUUGGCAGUAACACAGUCGUGGAGGCCAAAGGGAAGAGGGUUAGAGGACGUCUGUACCCCUGGGGAAUUGUAGAAGUGGAGAACCCAGCACACUGUGACUUUGUAAAGUUGAGGAACAUGUUGGUACGAACACACAUGCAGGAUCUGAAGGAUGUGACGCGGGAAACUCAUUAUGAGAACUACAGAGCUCACUGCAUUCAGAGCAUGACGCGCAUGGUGGUGAAGGAACGCAACCGCAACAAACUGACCAGAGAGAGCGUUACUGACUUCCCCAUUCCCGUGGUACCCGCCGUCGCUGACAAUGAGACGGAGAAGCUCAUCCGAGAGAAGGAUGAGGAGUUGCGACGAAUGCAGGAAAUGCUUCAGAAGAUCCAGGAGCAGAUGCACACGCAGAAAGAGGCGUAUUAACACUGCGUCGCUUUGAUUUGAAGCUUCGCCCCUUGACCUCACUCACCAGGCCAGCCGCACUCCAUUCCCUUUCAGAUCACAAUAGUGUGGUGUCUUUAAACCCAAUAGAUCUGUGAUGUUCACUUUAAUGUAAACAGUUUAUGAUCAACAAAAACAGGCCUUAACUUUAGACUCACUGAAAGUCCAGGGCAUAUUUCACAUAAAAAAAGAAAAACACUUUAAAAAGAAAUUAUAUUUUCAAGGAAAAAUGAAAUAGAAAUGUUUAUAUUUUGACAUUGUGACAUCUUUUCAAAUACGCACAUUCCAAGUCCCAUUCUUAUUACUUGUCUUUGAUACAGGAAAAAACAUAAGACCCUGUGUCCACCAAAGCAUUUAAAUGCUGCUGACUGUGUUUCUUUAGCUGAGAGCUU